AUGAAAGUAACUGAUGAAAAUAAUAUAGCAACUGUGCGCAGUAGAAAGGUGAAAAGGAAAGCCUUCGCAGAUAUUCACAAUAGAAAGCAGAAAUCCCAAUUGGACAUGAUUGAAGAAUCUUUGAAAGCUGACAUUACUGCGGUGUCAGAGUAUUCCCACGAGAUACUCACGCACUACAUAAAGGACCAGGAGAACUACAUGGCGUCUCCAAACUACAUGGAGUUUCAGGAGGAAAUAAGAUGGGCGAUGCGAGCUGUGCUGAUAGACUGGAUCAUAGACGUGCACCACAAGCUGACCCUUCUCCCGGAGACGCUGUAUUUGUCUGUUAACUUAAUAGACCGGUUUCUUUCUCUUAGGAUUGUGACAAUAGGAAAGCUGCAGCUGGUUGGGGUUGCUGGGCUGCUCAUUGCCUCAAAGUUCCAGGAAGUGGCGUCGCCUUCUGUGGAGACGUUUGUCAUUCUCACGGACCGGAGCUUUACCGAAAACGAAAUACUCCGGGCAGAGAAGUAUAUGCUGCACUGCCUGGAGUACAAGAUAAACUUUCCCUCUCCCCUGAACUGGCUUAGGCACUGCUCGCACAAUAAAGAAGUUGCGAGCCUGGCGACUGUAAUACUGGACUCCUUGCUGCCAGACGAAGGCUUUUUGAAAUAUUCUCCUUCUGUCCUGGGGACGUCUGUGUCGUAUGUGGCCAGGACGCUUAUGCCGCAGGAGAAAAGAGAGUUUGAGGUAUUUAACAAGUUUGCAAUGCACUCCAAAAACGAGCUGGAAAAAUGUAUAGACGAGAUAAAAGAGUAUCUACAAAAACCUAUCCUGCACAGUUCUAUUUUCAAGAAGCAUGGAACUUCAUUCACUAAAUAUUUAGAUGCUCUCAACAAAUAA